UUUUGGGCCCUGUUUUGCAGAUUCUCUGAAGAUGGCUGCACAGUCAGCACCGAAGGUCGUGCUAAAGAGCACCACCAAGAUGUCUCUGAACGAGCGCUUCACUAACAUGCUGAAGAACAAACAGCCGAUGCCGGUGAAUAUCCGGGCCACCAUGCAGCAGCAGCAGCUGGCCAGCGCCCGGAACAGACGGCUGGCCCAGCAGAUGGAGAACAGGCCCUCUGUGCAGGCCGCUCUGAAGCUCAAACAGAAGAGCUUGAAGCAACGCCUCGGCAAGAGCAACAUCCAGGCGCGGCUGGGCCGGCCCGCGGGGGCGCUGGCCCGAGGAGCGCUGGGGGGCCGGGGGCUGGGCCUGGGCCAGCGGGGACUGCCCCGGGGAGCGCUGCGGGGCCGCGGGGGCCGGGCCCUGCUGCGAGGAGGGGGGGGGGCCGCAGGGCAGGCGCUGCUGCGCGGCGGGCGCGGCCUGGCCCCGCGCAUGGGGCUGCGGCGAGGAGGAGGAGCCGGAGCGCUGCGAGGCCGCGGGGGCCCGGGCAGGGGCGGGCUGGGCCGGGGCGGAGCCAUGGGCCGGGGCGGCAUCGGCGCCAGGGGAGCCGGAGCGCUGCGAGGCCGCGGGGGCCCGGGCAGGGGCGGGCUGGGCCGGGGCGGAGCCAUGGGCCGGGGCGGCUCGGCCCGGCCCGCCCUCACCAAGGAGCAGCUGGACAACCAGCUGGACGCCUACAUGUCCAAAACCAAGGGACACCUGGACGCCGAGCUGGACGCCUACAUGGCACAGACCGACCCCGAGGCCGCCGACUGAGGGGGCGGCUCCCGCGGGAAACUCAGACUUAGUGUGUUCUUGGAUGUUUUGAUACUCUCUGUUGUAUUAAACUUUUUUUGGAUUGUUC